AUGAAUGAUGCAAUAUUGAGGUACAACAAACCAUCAAGGCACCCUGAACCUCCAGAUGUACAAAAAUUAUCAGACACCGAUGUGCAGAGAACAGCAGCAAGUUACACAGAUGCCGAGAAAAGGGACCUACUGUGGACUUUGGGACGCCUUCACAAAGCUGAUGAUGCACAACAGAGGAUCCCUGCUUGGACAGGUUUCAAUUCAACCCUAUCUGACAGAAACUUGCCAACAACGACAAUACGUUAUAUGCCAUUUAUUCGAGCACCACCAUCUGACCUCUCAACCAUAUACACUAUUCUCAACAAGUUAGUUAAGAUGUCAACAAAGAUUGGUCAGUCACACAUACUGAUUUCUGCUGACAUGGCAAUUUACAGUAAAGCCCAACAAAUCUUGUGGAAGAAACCACCAACACUGGAUGGACGGGUAACCAUGCGAGUUGAACCGCCUAUGGGAAUGUCUACCGUAUGUCGCAUUGCACGUCGGUGCGUGUAUUCAACUUGUAAGAGUGAUAUGUCACACUUUGUGAGAUCCAUGAGCUUUCUGAGUGAGUUCCAGAAAAGUUUGAAAGAAAAAGAUUCGUUUGCGCCAACAGAAAAUCGUCCUGCCGAUGAAGCAGACAUUGUCAUUAUUGGUGGUGGUCUUGUUGGUUCCAGCAUUGCCUAUUUCUUGAAAAGAAAGAUCGUUCGUGGUAUGCGUGUUGUGGUGAUCGAACGAGAUCCAGCGUAUACUAGAGCAUCAUCAUCAUUGUCAGUUGGUGGAAUUCGGCAACAAUUUUCACUGCCAGAAAACAUCCAGCUGUCCAUGUAUGGUGCAGAGUUUUUGCGUAAUAUCAAAGAGCAUUUGACGGUGGAUGACGCCGACCCUCCAGAUGUCCAGUUCAAUCCCUAUGGAUACCUAUUUCUAGCGACUGAAAAAGGUGUACGACAGAUGAAAACAAAUUACGAGAUUCAGAGGGAGCUUGGUGCUAAAGUAGAGCUCCUGACUGUCACAAAGCUCAAAGAAAAAUUUCCAUGGAUAAAUACUGAUGGAAUAGAACUGGCAAGUUAUGGCACUGCAAACGAGGGAUGGUUCGAUCCAUGGUGUCUGCUCACUGCCCUUAAACAGAAAGCCAAAUCACUUGGUGUACAGUAUGUCCACGGUAAUGUAACUGGAUUCACAAUAAAGAAAGACAAGAUACCAAAAAAUGGGCCAUAUGAUCCAUAUUAUGAUAACAGAAUACAAAAUGUUAAGAUUUCAAUGCCAAAUGGUCCAGAGGUGCGAUCACUGGCUGCAACUGUGGUGGUCAACGCAGCGGGACCUCAAGCCGGUCAUCUCUCAAAGUUACUAAAGAUAGGAGAAGGGAAUAAUGAGAUGUCGGUAUCACUUCCUGUUGAGCCAAGGAAACGAUAUGUCUAUUUUUAUCACUGCCCAAGUGGACCUGGUUUGGAUUGUCCACUUGUUGUUGACCCAACUGGAGCGUAUUUCAGAAGGGAAGGACUUGGUGGAAACUUUAUAUGUGGCUUAUCACCUUCUGAGGAAGAAGAACCGAGCGUUAAUAAUCUGAAUGUUGAUUAUGACUGGUUUGAAGAUCGGUUAUGGCCAUUGUUAUCAAAGCGUGUACAAGCGUUUGAGAAUCUUAAGUUAAAAUGUGCGUGGGCUGGUUUCUAUGACUACAACACUGUAGAUCAAAAUGCUAUCAUCGGGGGACAUCCAGUCAUUUCAAAUUUUUUCUUUGCAAAUGGAUUUUCUGGUCAUGGAAUUCAACAGGCACCGGCCAUAGGCCGAGCUAUGAGUGAACUGUUACUUGAACAGAGCUACAAGACAAUUGAUUUGUCAAGAUUUGGUUUUCAGCGAUUCAUUGACCAGCAACCACUCCCCGAGAUGCUCGUUGUAUAA